AUGGCUGAAAAUCCUGAGAAUAAGAGAGAGAUCAUAUGCGACGAGAAGUUGAAGGGGAUUCUAGCCGAAAUGGAUGAUGGAGAACGUAACCCAUAUGUUGUUACUUAUAACAUUUUGGUCAGUUCACUUGCUCUCCAUGGCCAAGUUGAUCAGGGAUUUUUGGUAUUAGAAGAAAUGAUGAGGCAUUAUUCAAACUUUCAGGAGCCACCUACAACUCGAUUGUUAUACAUUUCUGCGAGGGGAAGGAAAAAUAAUACAUACCCGGCAUUGAAGCCACUGAAACAGAUGACCAAGUAUGGAUUCACACCUGAUUCGCAUACGUAUUCAACGUUGUUGAAAGGGUUAUGUAUCGAAGGAAUAUUAGGUGCAGCAGUUGAGAUUUUCAUGCUGGUGGAAGGAAAUAACUACAGACUAGAUGUUGAUAAUUGUAAUGCUCUUAAACUUGGGUUAUGCAAAUCUUAUAGAACUGAUUUGUCUUUGGGUAUAGUUGAUGAAGAAGAAAUGGAACUAGCAACAAAAGUUUUGAAAGAACUAUAUGAGAGGAAAGUAUUGAGUAGGAACACAAUGGAAAGGCUUGGGAUGCAGUAUGACCUCGAGGGCUUACUUGUCUAA